CAUCAAAUUUUCCAUGUUAUGAUUGCUUUCAUCAUUUCUCCCUGUGAAGUUUCUGACUCUUAAUGUGUUGUUGGAUUCACAGAUAAUGAUUUAUUGAAAAUAAUAGCUGUAAUGCAUACACGAGAAGUGAAUACUUAGGGACAGAUGAUCUCCAUUUUGCAAAACAAUUUCUUCUAUUGGAUAGAUUUUAGAAGUUGUUUUGUGGAGGAUAAAAGGAUUUCCUUUUUUAAUCUCCAAAGUAGCUGACACUAUUACUGGUUGUGUCCUUUGGAUCCCCAAGUUGAAGAUUGGUGAAAAUGCGGACUGCAUACCUCAUAGUGGAUGGUGGAACCUGCUUUAGCAAGGACCUCGGAAGAAGAUGAGUCUUGUUACUUUUGGAGUUGUCAGCCAGUGCAUACCUCCUGGAAAAAGCAACAAUCAGUACCUCAUUAUUUUGCUCCUAAAAAAUCUCUAUAUGCUUGUUUUCAUUUGAGAUCCAUCAUUAACUGUUUCCUUUUGUUAUAGCUUGAAGGGAUAAAUUUCCUGUUCAUGAGAUAGCACCCCUCAUGCCUCUCUUUGAUGAAAGAUACUCCUACCAUGAUUUUGACAAUGUGUGUUUCUCAUGGCUCUCCUGGUCAAGCGCCCAACCUUUCAAUGGCUGCAGUGAUACAUUUAUGUUUUAUUUGGCAUUAUAACCUCAGCUCUAUAGUCAUGGUGUUUCUGCUCCAAUCUGCUGUAAGUUUCAGGUUGUUGGCUCUCAAUAUUGGAUGCCGAUUUCAAGGUAUAGGGUUUCUACGAGAAUGCAAAAGCCAAAGUUGGAGAUUUUGGAUUCCUUAUAUAUAAGUCUCUAGCUAAUGGGACAGAUGAUGGUAUUAUCGGGUAUUCAGCAAAUCCCAGAACAUAAACAGGAAUUCUAACAUGGCUUGAUAUUUGAAAGUCACUGAUACAUUGGUAAAUCAUGUUUGCAAGUUAGUCACUUUUUCUCAUUUGAAAAACAUCUAUUUUUCUUUUGAACUUUUGUGUUUUGUUGUUUGUAAGUGAAAUCCUUUCAGCUUUAAACCAAAUUUUAGAAUCAUUUUUCAUUUGAGGGAACUUUGGAUUCUAUGGAACAUGCAACUAUAAAUCAUAACAGAUAAUUCCGUUCAGGUGUACUAUUCAUGUAAGUUUCCUUAGUGUUAUUCUUUUCUUGAGUAGUUAGUGCCGAGAAUAAGGGGUUCUGAAAUUUGGCAUUGCUGUUCUUUACUGUUUAGAAACUUUGAACUAGUUCACUGGGGAGUCCAGCCAGCCCUGUGUAACCCCUAUUUGGCUGAUUGCAUUUAUUCUGUGUUCCUUGUAAGUUUUUAUUGUGGCUUGCUCAGAAAUUUCAGGCAAGAUUCUAGUCUAGUAGAGAACCUCAUGAAUAAAUUUCAUUUUUGGCUCUAGGUAAGUUCUAUGAGGAUGCUGUCGCCAAUAUGGUGACAAGCCUUUGAAGAUUUGUCCUGUGCUCAUCUUUUAUCUUUCAUUUUUUGUUUCAAACGUUCAUAUAGGCUAGUGGGUGACAAUGGUUGUGUAUCUGACAAGGAAAGGGCGACGUAGGGGGAAAGGGUGCUCCAUUUCUUCUAGUCUAAAUUAUGUACGGAUUAGGAUGAAUUUUCUCCUUGAGUAGCACUAGCAUAUACUUCUGGUCC